CUGCUGUUUGUGGUGUCGAAUGCGCCGAAAUUUUUUGGCCAGCCAGCGGGCUGCCUGCAAGCACAAAAGCAACAGCACUGCAACGGUAUUCGAAGCAUUCUAGCCAGCCACACCCAGCAGACAGCCAACGUGCUGCAGCAGAGAUCGCGGUGUGAUCAUCACUUCUCCCUCGUCGCUCUGCUGGCCCAACACCCAAGAACUGACGACCACAGAGGAUGCUCAACAACAGGUGGCUGGUUGUGUUGACUGGCGGUUGCUUGGUGGUGCUGCUGGUAACACUGGGCCGAUGGUCAGUGUAUCCACCAACAGCAUCCCUGUCUGCAGCGCAGGGCGGUGCAUCGUUGCGAGAGCGCGAUGACACCAUCACUCUCGCCGCUGCCGGGGCAGGUGCCUUGGCUCCCGUUCGCCUCGACCGUGCACAGUCCCAAGUCUCCGAGCUCGAAACAAGGCUGGACCGCACGCUGGAAAGCUUGGAGCGGGCGGAGACGCUGAGCCGCACCAUCCUCAAUCGCAUGCAGUCGCAAAACAUGUCGCACUCGCGGCCUGGCGUGCACAGCAGCUUUGGUGAACCGCUUGGUGAGCAUGGUGAGAUUGACACAAACCAACUACUGCACCAGCUGCACAAGCUCAUCAGCCAGCGCAUCCACAAGGAAGAAGGCCUGCCGCCCGCCGCAGCCGAGGAGGGCGGCGACAGUGCUGACGAAGAGGCUGGUAGUGCUGAUGACGAUCGCGACCAGUUCUACGACCUCGGUCAGCCCAUGCGGCCAGGGCAAAUCCGCAUCACCCGCAACAUGGACUGCGUUGACGGCUACGACCCAGAGCGCCUCAUCGUCUACUUCUGCAACCGCAAGCAGCCCAAGCAGAUUUGGAAGUACACCGCACACCAGCAGAUCCAAACCAGCGAGAACUGGUGCAUCGAUGCAACUGGCGUGGAGAAAGGCGGCAUUUUGAGGGUGCAGCCUUGUGAUGACAAAGCAAAAGGCCAGAAGUUUGAUUUUCUCCCUGCAAAGGAGUAUGCCUGGAACCUCACCGGAUCUGUGCAGCUUGUCGGCACCAGCUUGUGCCUCACAGCACCAAGCCCCUUUGGCGACGACGUGGCCAGUGUUCGGCUCCACGAAUGCGGCCAGCACCGGUGCCUGCAGGCCAUGCACUUCAAUGCAUUGUUUCAUGACACACCCCGCACCGUCACAGAAGUGGCCAUCAGCAAGAAGCAACCAAAGGCCCGCCCCAUGUACAAUUACGAAACCAUGAAUGGCAAAGGCGGCAAGAUCUUCUGCUGGAUCAUGACCAACCCAAAGAACCACGACACAAAGGCCGUCACGGUUCGCGACACGUGGGCACGUCACUGUGAUAAGCUCGUCUUUGUCACUACGAAGCGGCACCCCGGCCUGGAUGUGUGGAUUGCCCGUCUCGACCAAGAGGAGUCGAGGGACAUGCUGUGGGCCAAGUCGAAGCAGGCAUGGAUCCGCGCGUACCGACGAGAGCUCAACGGCUACGACUGGUUCAUCCGCGGUGACGACGACACUUUCAUGAUGAUGGACAACCUUCGUGAGUUUCUGGACGACAAGUCACCGGAAGACCUGCACUACUUUGGGCGAUAUUUUCUCGGGCACUUCAACGAGAAGCGGGUGCCGUUCUACAGCGGCGGCUCUGGCACCAUCCUCAGCCGCGGUGCGUUGCGAAAGCUGGGCCGGGCCGUGUCGCAAGGCAAACCAAUCUUCAAUGACUGGAACACCUUCGCAGACGACAUGGAACUUGGCAUCUCCAUGAAGCGGAUUGGCGUUCCGGCCGUCGAGUCGCUGGAUGCAGAGGGGCGUAACCUGUUUAUCGCGCUUGGUUUGGACGCAGAGCGCAGCGCGCGCAAAUCAGACGACCCGAACAACUGGUACUGGAAGUAUUGUCCAACAGCCAAAGAAGGAAAGGAGUGCUGCUCCACGCGGUGGUUGGGUACGCAUUACGUCACGCCGGAUGAAAUGCGUUCGCUGGAGGACCUGCAUCUGAUGGGAUGUGAGGCAGCCGGCAACGACAUGGAGUGAUGCAUCGGCGUGUCCAGGAGGAGGUAGCGUGUGUGUGUGUGUGUGUGUGUGUGUGUCUGUCUGUCUGUCUGUCU